UAGUCAUUCAAAUCACGUGCAUGUUCAUUGAUACUACCGAUGAGCAGUUGGUGUGUAGCACCAACAGGAAUGUUUCAAACGCUUGUUGCACAUUUUACCACUUAACUCCAAAGGUCUGUACACUUUUCUGCCGAGCUCUCCCUCUCUGUGGUUGGGCGUCAACAACAACAUCACGAAAGACGGCAGCGAGUGGACUGACGGAUCCCCGUUCGCUUACGUGCUCAUGGACGGCGAUGACCCCGGUGACCUCUCUGGUGCACCCUGUCUUUCCUUACUCACAAGCAACGGUCGCUGGAAGUUUGACAAUUGCCGGAAGAAGACAGGCUACAUCUGCAAGAAAAGAGGAAACACGCCAAAACCUCCGCAGCCUCAUGACGGCUUUAAGGAGAUCCUUGUCUGCGACAACCAUUCUGCUGACCUCGUAUGUGAGAGUGAGGGUCAGAAGCAAGGCCGCAUCAGCAUCCAGUCCGCCUUUUACGGUCGGCGGAGUGACGACGUUUGCUUGGUGGACAGCGACUCAUACGACGACGAGUACUGCGGAGUGGAAGGCAUCCUCCCUUACUACAAGAAAAUGUGCAACAGCCACCAAAAAUGCCACGUUGAGCUUUUGGAGAACGAUUCCUGCCCUGCCCCCUCCAAAUAUCUGGAAAUGGUCUAUAGCUGUGAACACAAAGUAUGUCUUGACAGUCUGGGCAUCGCGGACGGGAGCCUCGCAGACUCUUUCUUCAAAGCCUCCUCCUCGAUGGAAGACGCCACCGCAGAAAAAGCCCGCCUCAACGGGGAGUCCUGCUGGAAGCCGUCAAAAGCUCGUACGCAGAUAAUUGACAGCUUGGCACUGUGGUCUCCUGAGCGUUCCAAUGUCUUGUCCCCUCCAGCCGUCGGCAGCUGGAUCCAGGUGAACCUCGGUUACACAAGAAAAGUGACGGGGAUCGUGACCCAGGGGUGUGAUAGCGCUAAUAUUGGCUCCUGGAACAUUAAACUUGAGAUGCAGCUGAGCUUUAAUCGGAGGAAGUGGACAAAACACCCAGACGGGAAGUUCAUCGGUGGUGGGACUCAUCUGCUUGAGACCCCGGCAUUUGCUAAGUACGUCCGCAUUCUGCCGCUGGAGAGUCACCCAGAAUUUGGCCUCCGCUUUGACAUCUUGGGAUGCGCACAUGAUGAUGCGAUGACCUGUGCCAGACAGUUCAACAGCCUCCACUUGACCGAUUCGAUGACGUUCUACUGUCCACCUGGGUGUGCCAAAGACAAACACGUUGUCUUUGGAACGUUGGUCUACUCAGAGGACUCGCACAUCUGCGCGGCCGCUAUUCACGCUGGCGUCAUUGAGAACGACAUCGGAGGAGAUUGUAUUGUGAUGCGAGCUCCCAAACAGCCAGUCUACACGGGCUCCACUGGGAACGGGAUCAUCUCCAGACAUUCGGACGACCCCCUGGGGGAUUCUUAUACGUUUGCAGAUGGAGAGCGCAGAUGCUCGGCACCUGACUGGGAGGAGUUUGCGGGUUUCUGCUACAAAUUCUUUGAAGACGUAAAGAACUGGGAUGAUGCUCAACGGGUCUGCCGUGGUUUUGGUGCCGAACUGAUGUCCAUUCGCUCCAAAGUGGAGCAGGCGUGGGUUAAAAGUGCCUCUGAGUUUGAAACCAGCGAUAUGUGGACCGGACUGAAUGACCUGGUGCUUCCCGGCAUGUUUGUGUGGUCGGACCGCCACAAGGUGACCUUCACCCACUGGGCCGCAGGAGAACCCUACCAGCGUGUCGGCCUCGGCAAGCACUGCGUGGCUCAGUUAUGGCAGACUGGAAGAUGGAAGCUAAUGUCUUGCGCCCAAGUCAACAGCUUCAUGUGCAAGAUGCCCACAGUGCGCUUUCCAAUUACCUAAUUGAAGCCACAGGUGGCGCAGUAGAGUCCACCUUGGUGACAGCCCAAUGGCCCAAGACCGAUCGAUGCCCAUGGAGAAAUUUGACAAUGGCGCCCCCCAAGCAAGUCAUUGAAGAAGAAGAUUUAAUGCCCUCCCUACUCUGCUCAAUAAUUAUAAAUACCGUUUUUUUCCGUGUAUAGUGCGCAAAAUUUAAGUAAUUUAUUGUCCUAAAAUCUGGGGUGCGCAUUAUACAUGGGUACAAAAACUUUUUUUUAAUUUUUUUUUUAAUUUUUUUUUUUUUUUUCUU